ACUAGAGAGGGAACACACUGAGAAGGUGACUGAUUCUGUUUCUGAUUCUACACGAGCAAAGUCUUGAUCAUGAAGAUGUUCCUGUGGCUUCUGUUGCUUGGCUUUGGUAUGACCUAUACGGCUGCUACUGGACCAGACAGCUGUGUGGGUCGCUGUGGUGAGAGCUUCACCAGAGGCCAGCAGUGUACCUGUGACUUCAGCUGCCUCCAACAUAAUGAGUGCUGCCACGACUUUGAGGCGACUUGCUCCACCGGUCAGUCCUGUAGGGGUCGCUGUGGCGAGGCGUUCAGGCGCGGUCAGCUGUGUGAGUGUGACCCAGAGUGCGUCCACUACAACACCUGUUGUCAUGACUACCAGGGAUACUGUG